CCCCUCAAUCCCAACAAGCCCUUUCUCUCUUUCCGUUUUCCCGGCCACCGCCCUCCACCCUCAACCCAUUCCAGAGAUCGAAGAGAAAAUCUACUUCAGUACUCUGAUCGCUUUGUAACCCCCUCCCCAUUCCUCGUCCAUUCCUCCCUAAUCCCCUCCAGAUUCAAGAAGCAGAAGGGCUCCGGCGAUGAUGUUUUCAUCAUCUGGCCUCCUGCGUGCUGCUGGCCUCUGUUCUUCAUCAUCCAAGCCAAGAAACAUUAGCAGAGAUGACAAUGAUAUUGCCGGCCUCGCCUCGUUUCUUGAUCUCAAGGUUCAACUCGUAACCCCAUCUUCUCAGUCCUCACAUUGUUUCUUGAUCUGGGUGUUUUCCUCCCCCGUCCUCUGUUCUUUUCUUCGUCGUCUAAGCCAAGAAACAAUGCCGGACUGGACAAUGGUGCUGCUUCCCGGCUUUGUGUUCCACCCGCUGGACGAGCACCUCCUAGACUUCUACCUGAGGAAGAAGAUCCUCGGCGAAACGCUUCUUGGUGGUAUCAUCGUGGAGGCCGACGUCUACGGUGACGACCCCAAGAACCUAACUGCGCGGUAUAACAUGGCAAACAGGGAUUCCGAGUGGUUCUUUUUCGCAUCCAGGACUCGGAGACAUCCGGGUGCCGAAGAUAGCAAGCGGGUAUCCCGGAGUGCGGGCUUGGGACGGUGGAAGGCCACCCAAGGCAUCAAGACUGUGCUCGAUUCCAAGCGCAAAGUCCUUAAUGGGAUAUCAAAGGAGACUUUAUAUCCUUAAUCUUUACUUUGCUGAUGACUGGAUCAUUUUUGGUGCGAGGUUGUCAACCAACUUCACUGCUAUUACGGCACUGCAACUUUUUCUAAAUAAUGUCUUUUUUUUUGUGAUACGUGGACGGGAAACCUUUAAAAGCAAGCCUUAUAUGCACUAUAUGAAUCUUACAGAUUAUGUAUCAUCUUGUAAAUGAAUCUUCCUUAUUUUAAUAAGCAAAUUUGUUAUGGUACAAAUAUAAGAGAUUGUGUCAUCUAAUGAAUGAUGUAAGUUGAAUUUGGUGCCCAUUUGGGUUGGAAGCAUCAAAUUGGAUGUGGGAGUGCAAAUGAAGUGAAGCACCAUUGAUAGAAGAUUUCAGCUAUAGAUGUUAGCCUCAGAGUGGUUUUCUAUAUGCUUUAUUCUUCUCUUAUAAAUAUUGCGGGCUUUAAUUCCCCCAUUUACUUGAAAUAGUAUAUUAUGCUAAUACUGGUGUUUUGUCUGCCUUGUUGAAAUGCAAGUUGAUGUCAUCAUGGAAGUUAAGGCGUCAUAUCAAGUGAAGAAAAAUUGGAUGGGUGAUCCCUGUGUUCCAACAAAUUUUACUUGGCAUGGAUUGAAUUGCAGCUCCAGUGGUUCUGAACCCCCAAGAAUCAUCUCUCUAAACCUGGCUCAUAGUGGAUUGACUGGAGAAAUAGCUGCUGCUCUUGGAAACCUAGAAUCACUCAGAAACUUGGAUUUAUCAGGUAAUAAUUUGUCCGGACCAGUACCUGAUGCUCUAGGAGAACUACCUUAUUUAGAAUUCUUAAAUUUGUCAAGCAACCAGCUUACAGGAUCAAUUCCUCGUAGUCUUCAAGAAAGAUCUAAAAAUGGAUCUCUUAAAUUAAGGUUCGUUCACUCUGAUAAUACUAUCUCUUCCUUAUAUCAAUCUCUUGCUUAUAUAUUCAUUCUAUGA